AUGCAACAAAAUAAUAUUAGUAGCAUUAACGGUAGUAACGAGAUUGUAAUUGCAAAAUUUAAUUAUAAUGCACAAGAAAAUCAUGAAUUAUCAAUUGUUAAAAAUGAACGACUUUUAUUACUUGAUGAUUCAUGUCUCUGGUGGAAAGUAAAACGUGUUGAUUCUGAUGAAAUCGGAUACAUUCCAUCAAAUUUUGCUCGACAUGAAAAACGUUCAUUACUUGAUAAACUUAUCUCCAAACGUAUCAAUAAAAAACCACCGAUUACAAAUGGAACUAAUAAUAAUGAACGUAUACUUUCUUUAGCUCUUGUUAAAUUUCGAUAUGAUGCUGAAGGUGAAGAUGAAAUUAGUUUAAAUAAAGGUAUAUGGGUUAAUGUAUUACAAAAGAAAAAUGAUGGUUGGUGGUUUGUACAAUAUGAAAAACAACGUGGAUGGUUUCCAUCAAAUUAUCUUAUUGAAAAAACAAAUGAUGGUUUAAGUUCUCUUUCAUUAUUAAAUCAAUUAAAAUAUCAUAAUUCAUCAUCAUCAUCAAAUGGUUUAUCAUCAUCAAGUAGUGCUAAUUCAAAUAUCAUCGAUAUUAAUCAUAAUCAUCAACAAAAUCGUCAUAAUUCUCAUCCAUCACAUAUAACAAAUACAAAUGAUGAAUAUUCAUUUGUUAUGAAAUCAUCAAAAUUUGCACAUUCUGAUGGUAAACUUGAUACAUGUUUAACAUUUAAUAAUCAACAACAACAACAACAACAAGAAAAAAAUAAUUCAUGGACAGCAUUAAUAAAAUCUGAUAAAUUAAAUUCAAAUUGUACAUCACCAUCUAUAUUAAGUAAUGAACCAUUAACACUUAUUGAUGGUUUAACAACAUUAACAUUAAGAAAAUCUUUGAAUGAUUCAACAUAUGAUAAUGAAAUUUGGUAUUAUGGUUCAAUAACAAGAGAUGAUGCUGAAAAAAUUUUAAAAUUUUAUGGAAAUGAACAAGGAGAGUUUCUUAUACGAAACAGUGAACGAAAGAUUGGAAAUUAUUCAUUAAGCAUUCGAGCUGAUGAUAUAAUACGUCAUUUUCGUAUUGAAUCUACAGAUGAUAAUACACGUUUUAUUAUUGGUAAACGUUCUUUUAAAUCAUUAAAUGAUCUUAUUGAAUAUUAUAAAAUUCAUCCAGUGUUUGAUGCUGAUCCAAAUAAUAAACUUUAUUUAACUAGACCGUUGAUUAUUAAUAAUUCCAAUCGUUAA